CCACCGAAAGUCUCAUAUCUCGUAUCAGUCAGUUCCAGACAGUUCGCGACCCUCUGAUCUAAUUCAUCGCGAACAAGUGACUUAAAUUCAUAUAAAGAAGUCGAACUAAUAUAAUAUAGAAUUCAUUUAUUCAAUACAAUUAUAAAAAUGCUGUCCGUUGUAAAAAAUAAUUUAGCAACGAAGCAAGGAUUUACUAAAUAUGAUGCUGCUGUAAAUUAUUGGAGAGUAGUAGUAAAUAAAUCAUAUGCAACUAAAAGUAAUAAUGCUGCUAAGAAUAUAGUAUUUAUUGAUGGUGUUAGAACACCAUUCGUACAAUCUGGGACAGUCUAUAAAAAUUUAAUGGCAUAUGAUCUUGCAAAACAUUCAUUGAUGGCUUUACAAAGAAAAAUUGGAUUUCCCAAAGAAACAGUUGAAUAUAUAAUUUAUGGUACAGUAAUGCAAGAAGUCAGAACUUCAAAUAUUGGCAGAGAAGCAGCAUUAGGUGCUGGAUAUAACGAGCAUACUCCUGCACAUACAGUAACUAUGGCAUGCAUCAGCAGUAAUCAAGCGAUUACAACUGGCAUGGGUUUAAUUGCUUGCGGUGUAUAUGAUGUAAUUGUUGCGGGUGGAGUUGAAUUCAUGUCAGAUAUACCAAUUAGACAUAGCCGAAAAAUGCGAUCUUUAAUGUUACAAGCGAACAAAGCAAAAACAAUUGGACAAAGAUUAGGUCUUCUUGCUAGCAUUAGACCAGCACAUUUUGUACCAGAUUUGCCUGCUGUAGCAGAAUUUUCUAGUGGAGAGGUAAUGGGUCACAGUAGUGAUCGAUUAUCAGCAGCAUUUAAUAUAUCAAGAAAAGAGCAGGAUGAGUAUGCUUUACGUUCACAUACUUUAGCUGCUAAAGCACAACAACAAGGAUAUUUGACAGAUGUAAGCCCUUUCAAAGUUCCAAAUGUGGACCAAGUGGUAGAUAAAGAUAAUGGAAUCCGUGUUUCUACAAUUGAACAGUUAGGAAAAUUAAAACCAGCAUUUGUUAAACCAUAUGGAAGUGUAACUGCAGCUAAUGCUUCCUUUUUAACUGAUGGUGCAUCUGCAGCUUUGAUAAUGACAGAGGAAAAAGCUCUUCAGCUUGGACUUACUCCAAAAGCAUACUUAAGAAAUUUCACUUAUGUUUCCCAAGAUCCAAUUGACCAAUUACUUUUAGGACCAACAUAUGCAAUACCAAAGGUAUUACAAAAAGCUAAGUUAAAUGUAAAAGAUAUAGGAGUAUGGGAAAUACACGAGGCCUUUGCUGGACAAAUUUUAAGUAAUUUAAAAGCAAUGGAUUCCGAUUGGUUUGCACAAAAUUACUUAGGCAGAUCUGAAAAAGUAGGAGUUCCAGAUCUUAAUAAAUGGAAUGCAUGGGGUGGAUCUUUAUCAAUUGGACAUCCAUUUGCGGCAACGGGAGUUCGAUUAGCUACACAUACCGCUAAUAGACUUAUCAGAGAAGAUCAACAAUUUGGAUUAAUUGCAGCUUGUGCAGCUGGUGGACAGGGUGUAGGCAUGCUUAUGGAAAGAUAUCCUGGUGCUAAAGUUUGAAAUAUAAAAGAAUAAUAGCCUAGAAGAUGACCAGUUACUUUGUAUAAAAAUAAAGUGUUUAUAGAAAAUAAAUUAUAUAACAAAUAAAUGUAUUUUCCAGAAGAACUAUAAUUUUUUUAAAGAAGCUUUUGUAUAAAAUUUUGUAUGAAAAGGUUUAAAUAUAUAGUUUGUAAUAUUACA